UCAGAGAGUGUGCGAACUCCGAGCACAGUAAUCGCGGUGCAUCGUAGCACGCGAAAAACGCGAAUGCCGGUGGACGCGCGUCGCGAGUCCCCGUCCAACUGUAUAUAACUGUGAAUAGUGCAUUUAAGAUUAAAAAAUAACAUGUAUAUGUGCAACGCAUAGUUUUUAACGUUUUUAACAAAAACGGAAGAAGAAAAAAAACGCAAAUUCGAAGAGAAAGAAAACGAGAAAAAAAGAAACACGGUGGUGCGUCGGUCGAAGUUAUCGGUGUGACGAAGGUUGCAUUACGCUGCGUAUCUUGAGUUUGACCGAUCUCCAUCUUUCCGGAAAUAUAUAUCAAGGCGGUAUUUGCGUAGUGUCGUGUGUAUCGAGAAAAUAAAUAAAGUCGACGACGUAGAACGAACCAUCGCAAGCCGAACUAUGCAAAUGUGGAUCUGCAAAAAAACGUGAAAAUAAAAGAAACUCGGGUAAAAGAGACAAAUAAAAUCGAGUGAGAAGGAGCGUUCUAUAUAUACGAGUAUUCGGACGCCGGUAAUCACGACAAGAUAACCUUCAACAAGGGUUUUUCUCUGCAUCUUGUUUUUUUUCUCCUCAAUCUCGCGCCGACUCGGGGGUUUUUCUUCAUACAUGUAGAAAUAUAUAUACACGCAUAUAUCUACACCCAUAUAUAUGUGUAUAUAUAUGGUAUAGGUAUACAAUUCUCGACAACCUCGCUCUUCUCACCCUGUGCCUCCCUCCCCCCGCAUUGCCCUGCGGUUCCGCGCGCGCGGCGAGUAACAGUCGCCGAGGAGGCCCAGCAUCGUCACUACAAUCGUCAUCAUCAUUAUCAUCAUCAAGCCACUGCUAAAAAUCUCAAGUGGAAAAAAAAGGAGCGUACGUGGUGGUGCGGUUUGACAGAAGAAUGAAGUGGCUUGGUGCGGGAAGCGGCGGCGGUGGAGAGCCGGCACCCCCUAUGCAGUUGCACUAUCCCUCGGCAAAUGGUCACAUACCCACAGACAACGAACAGUGCGCUCAGGUUAUGGCCGGAGGAGACGGCGUUCGCAUACAACAAGGACAGAGUCACCAAAUGGGCAUCAACAGAGCCCAAGAUGACGCCAUGGUCGGUUAUGUGUUCCAAAGACCCGCCGAACAAGAUUACAACGCUCAGGCUAAUUCUUUUCAAACUAAACAAGCACCUAGAGCUUGGGCUCUCGCCGACGACUCAAUCAUUGACAAUGUAAGUAUGGCUGGUGCCUCCGGUGGUUCGAGCGGCGACGCCACCAAUGGGUACCUCACGCCGGCUCUUCAAAAUCAUGAAAAGUGGAAAUAUCCCAUGAACAAAAUCGGUGUACCGCAGCAGAGUCAACCUCAACAAAUCGGCAUUCAAGCCAUGAACAAUGUUCAUCUGCCCUAUGAAAUACAUCCUAUGCAGUUGAAGAGUGGCGCUCCAGGAACUGAGCACUUAGUUUAUUUGAAUAAUCAAAUGACGGCGCAGCAACAAGUCGCGCUAUUUCACCAUCAACAACAACAGCAGCAGCAACAGCAGCAGCAACAGCAGCAGCAGCAACAACAGCAGCAGCAACAGCAACAACAACAGCAGCAACAACAGCAACAGCAACAAUUUCGAAAUGGACAAGAUAGCUGGCAGGAUGCGGGACUGAUUGCACCCUCGGCAAAAAAGCUCUGGGGCGUCGAUGAGGGCGGCUCCAAGGAUGAAGGGGGUGUAAAAGGCGGUGGGAUACUUCAUCUCGGCGACCACCAGAUGUGGCGAGACCCAACCUGGAGUACACCAGAUCAUGCAGUGUCACAACCGAUUUCAAUGGGAACGGGAAGACGCGUUGGCGUUGGGACAGGAUAUCAUCAUCAGACGUCAGAAGUUGGCGCUGUUCUUAGUCCCAGGAGCAGCGAAACUGGUGGGCUUGGUGUUAAAAUGGUCGAAUACGUCCUCGGUUCGAGUCCCACAACGCCCAAGGAUUUGGAGUCUCGAAUGGUCUCUCUCAGGCUGAACCCGGAAGGUGAUAAGAAAGAAAAGGACAAAGGUACGGCGAGUCCAUUCGACGGCUCGAAAGACGACAACGGGCCUCAGGGCAACGGACUCGCAUCACAGAAUGGUCUCGACGAUGACAAAGGGUUCAAUCGCACACCGGGAAGCAGACAACCGUCUCCGGGUGAGGAAGAAUUUCAGAAGAACGCAGCAGCCACUUUGGCCGUCAGCACCGGAGGGGGUGGGGUCGUGUUACUGAAGCCGGGAGUCGACGUGGUCGGAAGCGAGGAACAUUUUAUGGCCGCUUUCGCGCCCGCGCCGCCUCACCAUCUCCAGCAUCACCAGGCCCCCCCGGCUCAUCAUCUCCAGCAUCCUCACUCACACGCUGCCCAACUUUUUGGCGCUCAAGGCCCACCGCCGCCUCAAGGACCACCUCCGUCCCAGCAGCAACAACAGCAACAGCAACAACAACAGGGACCACCCCAACAACAAGAUACGACCACUCACUUUGAUGUCCAGCAACUGUUCCGCAGUCAACCACAAGGAGCGACGCCUCAACAACUCCAACUUUUGCAGCAACAGCAGCAGCAGCAACAACAACAACAAUAUCUUGCCGCAUCGCAAGCUCAGCAGCAACAACAACAACAACAAAAUUUUCCAACAGCACCGUACACGGUCAUAAGUGGACAGGAACCUUACGUCGGUGCUCUAAUUGCUGGAGCUCCUCCCGUAGUGCCGCAAUAUUAUGGAGUCGGGCCGUGGGUCUAUCCAGCGGGUUUACUGCCACAAGCACCACCCCAGGCAGCCGCACCGCCACAACCCCGAAGACCACUCACACCCUCGUCCGCGGCAGCCGCUGCUGCCGCUGCACAGGAUAGCGCCAAUAAUCUUGCACAGACGGUUCAGGGUCAAUAUCAGGUGAUACCGGCUUAUUACGACCAAAACGGAUCCAUCGUUAUGGGAGGCGUGAGAGGCCUCGGUUCUGCAGCCACACCCAUGAGAUUGGUUAGUCCGGCGCCCGUACUCGUCAACAGAGCACCUUCUCAACCACCUCCAGGACCUCCGGCUCCACCGCCACCGAGCCUAUAUUCGCAACCAACCCCAACGUCGGCACACAGCAACGCCACGCCUGGCGAGUGCUUAGGUCUGGCAGCGUGCAGCGCAGUGGUUGCGCAAGCUCAGGCGGUUGCGGUACAACAGGCCCAACAGCAGAGCUCGGGACUUGCCGCGGGUUUGGCGGCUUUGAGUUACAGUGGUUCACCUCUCGGUGCCCUCGGCUCCCCGGCUCAACUACAGAGCACAGGUCUCGGUUUGAGUGCAUCGUCAACCGGUAGAAGGGAUUCUUUCGACAGGAACACUUCGGCUUUCAGCCCAAGCUUGGAAUGCAGUCGUGCCAAAUGGGCUCAAAGUUAUGGAGCAUUGGGUACCGUGACGGCGUCACCGAGUCCUCUGGGACUCUCUUUAACACCGCCACCGACUCUCGGUGGUUCACUCGGAGUUCUCGUCGGUGGAGCGAGUCGAGUAUCAGCAGCCCCCGGCGCGGAAGCGAAAUUCCGUGCAAGCGCAGUUCCGGCUCUAACUGCAAACGGAGUUUUCGGCUCGAGUAGCUCCCUAUUCCCAAAUCUCGUCGGUAAACCCGGACGCGGUGGAGCGGCUGGCGUUGGCGACAAGAGCGCGGGAGGACGAUCACGCUUGCUAGAGGAUUUCCGAAAUAACAGAUUUCCGAGUCUCCAAUUGCGAGAUCUGGCUCAUCAUAUAGUCGAGUUUAGUCAGGAUCAGCACGGUUCGCGCUUCAUUCAACAGAAACUCGAGCGCGCCUCUGCGAGCGAAAAACAGCUCGUGUUUCAAGAGAUUCUCGCUUCGGCGUAUUCUCUCAUGACUGAUGUGUUCGGAAACUACGUUAUACAAAAGUUCUUCGAGUUCGGUACACCGGAACAAAAAUCAACGCUUGCACAAAAGGUGCGCGGCCACGUACUACCGUUAGCUUUGCAGAUGUACGGCUGUCGUGUUAUUCAGAAAGCACUUGAGUCGAUCGGACCGGAACAGCAACAGGAAAUUGUUCGUGAACUUGACGGUCAUGUACUCAAAUGCGUUAAAGAUCAAAACGGAAAUCACGUCGUGCAAAAAUGCAUCGAAUGCGUCGAGCCACGAGCUCUACAAUUCGUUAUUGGUGCUUUUGCCGGUCAAGUUUAUUCCCUCAGCACGCAUCCUUACGGAUGUCGAGUCAUUCAGCGUAUCCUCGAACACUGCACGCCCGAACAGACGCAAGGGAUUCUCCAGGAACUUCACGCUGCUACCGAUCAGUUGAUUCAAGAUCAAUAUGGGAAUUAUGUUAUUCAGCAUGUUCUAGAACACGGUAAAAUCGAGGACAAGGCCCAAUUAAUAAGCAGCGUCAGGGGAAAAGUACUUGCUCUCUCACAACACAAAUUUGCAAGUAACGUGGUUGAAAAAUGCGUGACACAUGCCACCAGACAGGAACGAGCAGUGCUUAUCGAAGAGGUCUGCGGCUUCAACGAUAAUGCCUUGAACGUAAUGAUGAAGGAUCAAUAUGCGAAUUACGUGGUCCAAAAGAUGAUAGAUGUUGCCGAGCCAGCCCAGCGUAAAGUGUUAAUGCACAAAAUUCGACCUCAUUUGGGCAGCUUGCGAAAGUACACAUACGGCAAACAUAUAAUCGUAAAACUGGAAAAAUUCUUCAUGAAAACAGCUUCAGCAAUGGGUGUGACGACACCAGCGGGAUCAUCGGCCGGAACUGGAGAUCUCGGUCCAAUUGGACCUCCAGCGUCAUCGGCCGGACCAGUCCCGACAACGGCUCAACAGCCGACUCAGGUUUUAUAAACAACACAGCCCACGAUCCCGCAAAUAAAACGUCUUAAAGCGAUCACCGAUUCAUCGUAAAUAUCGGUAAGGUCUGCGAGUAUGCGAAAUGAAAAUAGUGCAGACGAUGAAAGAACGAUAAAAAAAAAAAAGAAGAAAGAUGAAAGAAAUGUAAGAGAAAAGAAAAGGGUAAUGGGAAAUUCAGUCUAGAAAUCGAAAAUACGGUGAAACUGCUUUCUACCGUAACAGAAAAAUAUUUGUAGAACAGUAUUCACGCUCGCAAUGGUUGAAAUUUCGACAAAGCCUAGAAACAAAAAAUGCUUGAUCUGCGUGCAAAAUUGACAGAAAUUAAGAGAGAAAAAUGGUUGAAACAGCAAAGACAAUUGUCGAUUAAUCGAGACUCAAAAAGCUUACCAUUUGAAUUAAUUUCAUUGAUAACGGACAUAUUUAAUCUGUAGCGAUUUUCCUAAUUGCGGCCGAGUCACCGAUGUUUUAUUUAUAUUUUUUAAAAGAUCGAGCGAAAUAGUAUGAAAACUUAGUCUCGUGACAGUGACGAACUUGUGUACGCAAGCAUCUUGAACGACACGGAAGAAACCAUUUUCACAUAUUUGAUGUGUUUGAGUCGAAAGAAUGAAAAGAAUAAGAAAAUGGAGAAGCAGAGAUAUCGCCGGCUCUCGUAAGCCAUGAUUAUUCGCUGAAACGUGUUGAACGCGAGUUGAGUUAGCUAGAGUAGAGAGCUGUAGAAGUGCUACAAUCAUCAAACAACUUGUAUGAUGUGCACGAGACUGAUCGCGGUGCGGCGUGAACUCGUAUGAAGUUUCCUCGCAGCGCGAUACACGUCGAGGUAUUAUUAAGUACGAUAGGCGAACGAACGACGGUUCGAGAUGAAGAGAAAAAAAGAAAACAAAACGGAGAUAAAAUUGUAAGGCUCAACAAGAAUCGAUUACGGAUGGAAAUUGUAGGAGCUACUGUGUGUUUGAUUUGAACACACUAGAGUAGCAUUUGACAGGGGAGUUAUAAAUUGAACAUCCCAGACCUGACCGAUUUACUUAUCCUUCCUCUCGCCACACCUGUCCCCCCCCCCCCCUCUCUCUCUCUCUCUCUCUCUCUCUUGCUAUUUUUCAACCGCAUUGGACAUUGCGUGUCCCAAUCAGGUCUUAUUUAUCAUUUUAGAAUUGGGAAAAACAACACUAAGAGGAGACGAACACGUUAAUCAUAAAAGAUUGAUUAAAACACAUGUGAGGUCUUGAGUUCACUAUUAUUUCAUGAACGAAAACAUUCGAUAGGCGAGAAUAGAGUGGGAAGAAAGACAUAUAUUAUGUAAAUGAAUAUAUAUAUGUUUUUUUUGCCGACCUUCAGUUGUCGUUUACAACUGACAAACCGGAGAAUGACAGGGCAAUUUCUCUGGGUUUAAAGCAGGCUUAAGAAGAAAGAGAAAACCGGGCCGUCCGGUCGCGUUGCUACUUUCUAUUUAACAUUUCUCCCGCUCCCUUUGCUAGUUUUGUAAUUUGUGAUAUAAAUUUAUGAGAAAAGUGUGCAUAGAUACGCCGGUUCACCCAAACAAUGUCCUCUACAAAAUCGUACCAAAAUCCAAUUCCAAUAUUUCAUUUAUCACGCAAUCUCUUUUCCUUUACUCUCUUUCUCUUUUCUCUCAUACUACACACAUACUCUUUCUUUUUUUCUCUCAACGGACUCUGUGAAUAUUGUGUAUUAUAAUGAUUAAUUAAAUUUAAAAAGGAGAAUAAUGAGUUGCGUUCUGCUGCCACUUCCCGAGCCCAUGCUUCAAAUUCAAACUUGGGCCCAAUAUUUGUCCGAAACAUUUUGGAAGGGAUGUGUGAAUUGAAAUAACUCUUCUAUUUCUAUAUUGUAAAAUACUAAAUUUGUUGACAAAGUGAUACUUCAGCGAAAAUGUAAUCAUUUCAUUUUCUUCUUUUUUAUUUGUUUUAUUAACUCCUCGAAAGAUUACCGCAACUUCAAUUAGCGUGGUGUUAUUUGAACAUAUUUGAUCUUAAUUGUACAUUGUAUAAAAAAAACCGCCACGUUCUCUCUCUCUCUCUCUCGCUCUCUCUCUCUCUCUCUCUCUCUCUCUCUCUCUCUCUCUCUCUCUCUCUUUCUCUCUUUCGAGAAAUCUUUCAAAUCAGCUCGCACAAUGCUUGUGCAAUUAUCCACCUCCCUCAUCAUAUUCACCCCGCAUAUAUAUCUCCUCAAAACAACCCUCGAAUGCCUCCGAAGUACAAUACACCAUGCUAAUUUUCAUGUAGCUUUUCGUUUUAACCUCUCGCAGCGAUUCCCACAUUGUUUUAUGUGUGGUUUUCCAUACAAAUUUCGAGCAAUGUUUAAAAGCAUUGAUACAAUAAUAACUCCAGUGUACUUGAACGAAGUAACGCAUUCUGUAAGCGUUGAUAAUAGAGAAAAAAUGAUUUUUUCGUUUUGUUCGAAAAGUACCCGAAAAGUAAGUAGUCUUUUCUGGUUCUUAGGAGAAAUCGAAUCAAUAAAGGAUCAACGAUGAAUAAUUAAUAAUCGAGAGACGAAGAAACCGGAACGAUACCACGCCGCGUAACUCGGAAAAAAACGAGUAACGAUUGAAAACACACAAUUCUGUUUUAAAACCAAAUGGCCGCUCGAUUUUCAGCGUUAUACGCGUGUAAGCGACGAAUACUUGAAAUCUUUUAAUCACCCGCAUUUCAUUAGAGAUAAAACCGUAGCUGAUCCGUUAGAUAUGAAUAUAAUCACUCAUUCAUAAAUAUGCAUAUGCACAUCCGAUCGAGUUGCAUCCCUUUGUACAAUGUAUGAUAUUUCGUUACAUGUAAUCAGUCGUGUGAGGGCCUUGUAUAAAAACGAAGAAAACCAAUUUAAAAACAAAAAAGAAAAUAAAUAAGAAAGAAAACAAAUCGAAGAAAAGGAAUUGUGGCAACUUUCUUUGUAAUAUAUUGUAUAUAACAAUUUAUUGAUGACAUUGAUAAAUUCGUAGGUACCUUUUCUCUGUGAAUCCUUCGCGCGCGAACACAACAUAAAACACACACAUACACUUGAACGGAAAAUUUAAACGGUAAACUACGUGAAUGCGGUACGCGUGGUCGAGGAAGCACUCUUUAAGCGAAAAAAAAAUUCAUCGUCGGUAUCAUUCGUCUGUAUUAUUUAUUCAUCGUACUUCAGUCAGGAAUAUCGCUGCAGGGGCGGGGGGAGGGGGUGAGGACAAUUUAUCAAAAAGUACAGAAGGUAUGGACUCUGUAAAAGUCUAAUAGAAAUCGACAGCAAUGCAAAAUAUCGGCGUUAACAUCCAACAAGAGGAUCCUCCUCGAUCUUUGUAUACACUUAAGUCGAUUUCUAUGUAACUUUUUAAUCGAGUAACCUUAAAAAACAUAGAUGUCACACGGCAGUCGGGACAAACACAUUCCAGCCACCAUCUCUCCCCCUUUCUAUCUAUCUCUAUCUCUAUGCCUAUCUCUCCCUCUCCCUCUUUCUCGGUCAACAGGACAUUGAUUAACAAGAAUUAUAUAAAUACGAUAUGAACAUAUAAUGUAAUAAUAUUUAAGGAAUGACGAUAGUUCCUUCAUCCUUGUAAAUCGCGCGUCAUCUGUAAAUUAAAGACAAAGAAACGCAUCAUUUAUCAUAGUAUACGAAUGACACGAACGUGUCAUUCGUCGACGAAGUUGCAAAAAAGAAGAAAAAAAAAGAAAAAAGAAAGGAAGAUUGAAAAAAAAAGGAAUGGGCAGACAAAAUAUGGAAGUGAAACGAACGCAAAAUCUCUCUCACGUCGUACCGACUAAGAUUAUUGAACUAUUGCUAUACUAUCAUCUUUCAUUAUCGAUUAAUUGAUUACAGCUUAUUAUUUUUUAUUAGUAUGAAUAUAAUUGUUUGAUUAACGACACCCUCUAUCGAUUAUUCAUUGAUCGCUAAUACUAAUUACUAGGCAUAUAUAUGUACAUAUUACAUAUAUAUGUAUUAUAUAUAUACAUAUACAUAUACGAACGUAAAAAAAAAAAGACCGCAUAUAAACACUUUAUAAAUACGAAUAUCAAACUCUUCUAAACGGCGUCCUUCCACGAUCCAUACCGCUAACGAUCCUUACCUUACUUAGUGUUUAGUACGAAACGUUAGUGGUACUUAAAAUAUCUAAUCGCUAUCUCUUUAAUCUACUUAAGCUCCUUGGGAAAUAAAAAGUAAGAAAAGUAAAACAAAAGCAAAAGAAAGCAUGCGAUCAGAAAAGAAUAAAGGAAUAGCAAACCGGAAAUAACAACCAUAAACCUUGGAACGAUUUUUUGAUUAUAAAUAGUGUAAAUUUUUUAUAUAGUGCGAAAUAUUAUUGACCGUAUGGAACUUGAAAUACGUCAAGUGGUCAUGUAUAAUACAUGAAUGAGGAAUGAAAAAAAAAAUAAAAAAUAAAACAAAACAAAACAAAAACAAAAAAGUAAAAGAAAUUCUACAUUCAAUACAUAGUCUUUCGAUCUUUUAAACAACAAAAGAAAAACAGAAGAGGAAACAAAAACAAAAGAACAGCAAUGAAAAUAAUUCUUUCGUUAUUUUACGCCUGAUUUUACGAGAUGGAAGGCACAACGGAGCCUGUUGGAAAAAUAAAAACACUCGAGUGGGUGGAGCUAAUAAGAAAUAUUUGUAGAGGUCGGAAAUCGUAUUUUAUUCGUAUAUACUCGAUAGCGUAAAAGCGUGCCCGAAAAAAAAACGUAAUCGGAAAAAAACCGAGAAAAAGAUGAUGACGAUAAAUUGAAAAAAAAAAACCAGCACAUUGUCACCCGUUUCUAUUCGAGACUCGAAGUGCACAUGAGUUUUAAAGAAAGAAUAAAAAAACGAGAGGGCCAGCAGGGGAACAGAGCGAAGCAUGCCUCGAGUAUAUUUCUUGUAAGCGCUUUUAGCACCCACGAGUACAAACAAAACUGCUUUUCAAGCUGUCUUGGUUGAGUGUGCAAAUCAUUAUUUUUCGAAGUAUUGAUCGGACGCGGUGUAAGCAUGAUGAGAUAUUUCAUUGAAGAGAUAUUAAGUUGACCUACGAUAAGUCGGACGAUUUUUUCAACGGUGUAACAGCGAUGAGUAAUCCACAUAAAAAGAACGACAACAGCGCGAAUAUCGACUCGUCGAGAAACGUGCAUAUUUUCAAUCAAAAUAUAAAAAAACUUCUUGCAAUCACCGCGCACCGAUCAAAACUUCGAAAACUCUGAUGUGGGUGAGAACAUCCAAAAAAUCGCGCGUAACCCUAUAAAUAUUGAUUAUAUAUAUAUGAAUAUAUUAUAUAUAUAAAUAUAUAUAUACAUAUAUGCAUAUAAAUAUAUAUAACUGUAUAUGUAUACCUUAAAAAAAAAGCAUAAACCCAUCGGUUGAUGAUAUACAUGUAAUAAGUACUAUUUAAAUAUUGUAACAAUUGUAUAUGAUUUUACUACUACUACACGCUAAUUGUAUUAUAUAUAUGAAAGAUCUGCGACCUCCCACUUGUAGAACACACACACACACACACACACACCCACACAUACACAGAUACACACGCACACGCGAGCAAAUACAAAAAGAAUGACAGUCGACGGAUGGGGCAAUCGGAGCGCUCUGUUCGGAUUAACACACCCACAAAAUCACAAUUUCACAAGUGAAUUCACGAAACGCCCACACUUUUCCUCCCAUACCUAAUUGUACCGAAAUCAACUGCCAUAGCGCUGAUGUAAUUACUUGAUGGUUGAUUAGCAAGGGUUGUACACGCUCUGGCUUGUUUUUGUUUUUGUUUAUUUUUUUUUUUUUUUUUUUUCGUCACCGAAUAUAUCUGAAAUAUUUGAAGGAAAAAAAGGAAGGAAAAGGGAAAGAGAAAAAGAGUUGACAGAAAACAAGUGAACAUCAGUGGGAAUGGUGCGCCCUGAUAUUAAGACUGAUGUACAGUAGCGCGCUAUUCUCUUAAGUCAUGUAUCUCCAAUUCAUCCCAUCACCCGUCAAAAAGUACACGUCAUAAUUCAUAGACUGUUCAAACGGAACACCUACAUUUGCUUCAACACUUACACAAAACACGUGCGUGCAACAGCGAAAUUUUCACAUGUGUCCCCAUGCGGUAAAUAUGUCGUGGAUUCGUUUCAUAAAUCGUCGUACAUUUACCCUCAAAAAAUGACGAAUCCGCUGGCUCGUAACGACGUCUCGACGUCCCAGGUUGUAGUUCAAAAUGAUUUCUAAACACCCUCUGAGCGUUCCGAGCAAAACGGAUCCGUAAGGCUGUUUAGUCUCGUUUCGAGCGUAUAUUUGUACAGUCUCAAUUCGUACGAACGAUCAACAGAGAAAUAUGUGACGCAAAUUGUCGAACAAUAAAAUGUGCGUUCGAGAAAACUAAAAACAAUGGAUUUUCGUAAUUUCUCAUUGUCAUCCGUAUGUUAUUGUUCAAAUGAUCUCUUCGAUGUACUCCGUAAUGAUGAAAUAUACGAGCCAGCGGGACUCGGGACAUCGAACUUUAUGUUGGUAUAAGAUCGAACGAGAAGAACGCAUGAAAAACAAUGAGAAACAAAAAUAAUUAAAAAAACAAACAAACAAACAAACAAACAAAUAAACAUGAAAGCGAAAAUAAAAUUUUUAAAAAUAACAAUUGUAUUUGAAAUAGCAGGUAAUUAGAUAAGUGGGAAGGACAGGCAUACAAAAGAAGCAACAACAACAACAAAAAUUACAUAACUUGUAUAUUAGUGUAUAGAAUGUAGAAACGAUGAAAUAGCCACAAAAGAGGAUCAUUUUCGACAAUGUUUUUUACAACAGGCAGAGCAGUGCGAAUAGAUAUGUCAUUGUAACAUUUAAAAAGAAAGAAAAAAAAACAACAAAAAAAAGCAUUUGAGAGCAGUUUCGUAAAUGAUGCAUGAUUAUAAACCACUAAUCCCAUUACUCUAACAACUUAAUUACACGAAGCAUUAAAACAUGGUCAACCCACCUACAUGUAAUUGUGAAAUUCGUCCAAACAUGAUGUAGAAAAAAAAGGCAAAGAAAAACAACGGAACAACAAUAAAAUUGAUUGGAAACCGGUUCGACGUACACUCACAAAUAAUACACGAUGGACAACAAAGCUGGACACACACGAAACCCUUUCACAGAAACUUAGUAUUUUGAAUAGCUGAUGAAUGAGUAGCCGGAUUAUAAUUGCAAAAUGAAAAUGCAAAGCCAAUUGAACUAGGACAUUUCAUCAACGAGCGUCAAUUUGUACGAAUCUUCGUUCGAAACACGAGGAAUCAUUCAUUUUUCAAGCUCUUAGAUUCCGCUACUAUUUUUUAAUAGUUUUCUUUUUAAUACCUCAUUCUAAUAUCCGCAGGAUCCUCGACAAGCGUAUUUUAGUCGCAGUGGAAAAGAAAAGCAUUUCAAUAUUGAUGCAAAAACUUGUAUUUACGGAUGCAAUAUUCUGAAACUAACAAUGCACAUUGACCCGCAACGUUCGAAAAGAAAAGCUCUCUCGUACCCCAAAAUUUUUCUUUUUCGGACCGUCUUAUUCAAUUCCACCAAUCCUGCACUUUUUGUUUUUUUUUGUCUUUUUAGUUUCUCGUUGCAUUCAUUCACAUCGUUCUUUUUUUUUAUAGUCUCAUUAUCGUUCCGAUUGAAGUUUUAGCUCCGAGACUUUCGCAUUUUCAGCGCAAUCGACGAUAAAGCCUUAAAUAACUCACCAACGUAUGAAAGUAAUUAAAAAGAAAUAAAAACAAAUGAAAAACAGGAAAAAACAAACGUAGCUGCAUUUUACAGAGAAAGAGGACUAGGAGUUGCAGUCGAUUGUCGCAUUUUAUGCUUACAGUUGUUUGGUAGGGGCUCACUUACUCGAGCUGUCUGAAAGCCACUUGGAUAAUUAAAUAAACGGUAUAAAUAAUCAAUUAAUCACUUUAUUAUACAUACUUCAGUAUAGUUAUACUCGAUAUUUGUUCAUUCUGCAAAGAGCAUAUUAACGGCGUAGCUGCAAUUAUUGAUUAAAUUGUUGCAAUAAUAACACAAUAUUGCUUUUGUCGCUUGAGUUCUCAUGUCUGGUUUCUUCUGUCGGUUUAUUUCGUUUAUUUUGUAUUUUUCCCUGAUUUUGUUGUUUUUUUUUUCUCAACACGUUUAGUAUUUUCCAUCCUAGAAUCUUAUUUAUUGUCAUAUUCAUAACGUCGAAUUCAAUAUUAAUUGCUUUCAUGGCAGUCUACGUUGAGCUACUUGGAGGCCAGAAUAAGUUAUCGAAUGAAGCUGUAAAAUCGUGAAGCCCACGCUGAGGGAAAAUCAUUCAAAAGAUAUUAGAUCGAGAAAGGACAAAUUUUUGUGAGCUACGUAGCUUUGUUCUCUACAACUUGUGAUAAAACUAAACGAUAAAACGAGAAACGCAGCUCGUUCUGUGAAAAAAAGUCUUGGGAACAAAAAAUAUUCAUGUUUUUGGGUUUUUUUUUCUUUUUCAAUUAUUCUCCAAUAGAAAAAAAUUAAACGCAGAAGGCCGUGCUAGUAGUUUGUCAUGAUUAUAGCAACAUUGUCACUCUCAUAAUAUAGGCAUAUACACGAGACACGCCAGAUACACAAAAUACACAAACACAUACAUAUAAAACAAAAAAAAACAAUGGUAAUAAAUUAACGGUAAUCUAAAUGUAACAUGUAUAUGAUGGCUGUACAAAUGUAACAUUUUUUUCCAUUAUGUAUGAAAAAAGGGAAGAUUCGACGAUGAAAAAAAAAAAAAGAAACGCUGAAAAUAAUCGAACAAAACAAAAAAUCCGCAUGUGUGUUGAAAAUAACGGUCGAUUCCGGGUUGACCGUGAAGCGUCGAUGCGAUCAAUUGAUCCACCCGCGAGUGAUUUACCAAUAAAACUACUAUUAAUUAUAAUUAUAAAAAUACCAUUUCUGUAAUAACAUUAUGAUAUAAAACCAUACAUUGAAUGGCAA